AUGCCCCAACUGUCCGGGGCCGGCGGCGGCGGCGGGGACCCGGAGCUCUGCGCCACGGACGAGAUGAUCCCCUUCAAGGACGAGGGCGACCCGCAGAAGGAGAAGAUCUUCGCCGAGAUCAGCCACCCCGAGGAGGAAGGGGACUUGGCCGACAUCAAGUCGUCCCUGGUGAACGAGUCCGAAAUCAUCCCGGCCAGCAACGGACACGAGGUGGCCAGACCAGCACAGACCUCUCAGGAGACAUACCACGACAAGGCCAGAGAACACCCAGAUGAUGGAAAGCAUUCAGAUGGGGGCCUCUAUAACAAGGGACCCCCCUACUCAAGUUAUUCCGGGUACAUCAUGAUGCCAAAUAUGAAUUCUGACCCCUACAUGCCAAAUGGAUCUCUCUCUCCACCCAUCCCGAGAACUUCGAACAAAGUGCCAGUGGUGCAGCCGUCCCACGCCGUCCACCCCCUCACGCCCCUCAUCACCUACAGUGACGAGCACUUUUCUCCGGGCUCACACCCAUCACACAUCCCUUCCGAUGUCAGCUCCAAACAAGGUAUGUCCCGGCACCCCGCGGCCCCCGAGAUUCCCACCUUCUACCCCCUGUCUCCUGGCGGCGUUGGACAGAUCACUCCACCUCUUGGCUGGCAAGGUCCGCCUGUCUAUCCCAUGUCGGGGGGAUUCAGGCAGCCCUACCCGUCCUCACUGUCAGCUGACACCUCCAUGUCCAGGUUUCCCCACCACAUGAUCCCUGGCCCGCCCGGUCCCCACGCAACUGGCAUCCCUCACCCAGCUAUUGUAACGCCUCAGGUCAAACAGGAGCACCCCCACACCGACAGCGACCUAAUGCACGUGAAGCCUCAGCAUGAACAGCGGAAGGAACAGGAGCCCAAAAGACCUCACAUUAAGAAGCCUUUGAACGCAUUCAUGCUGUACAUGAAGGAGAUGAGAGCCAACGUUGUGGCUGAGUGCACGCUCAAGGAGAGUGCGGCCAUCAACCAGAUCCUUGGGCGACGGUGGCAUGCCCUGUCCCGUGAAGAACAGGCCAAAUAUUACGAGUUGGCGCGGAAGGAGAGACAACUACACAUGCAGCUUUACCCUGGCUGGUCUGCGAGAGACAAUUAUGGGAAGAAAAAGAAGAGGAAGAGAGAGAAGCUGCAGGAAUCCACAUCAGGUACAGGUCCCAGAAUGACAGCUGCCUACAUCUGAAACAUGGUGGAAAACGAAGCUCGUUCCCCACGUGCAAAGCCAAGGCGGCCACACCGGGGCCUCUCCUGGAGAUGGAAGCUUGCUGAAACCCUAGCCUGGCCCCUGCCGCUUGCCCCGUCCACCCCACGGAGAGCCAAGGCCACCUGCUAGAGACACUGACCCACAGAGACAAUCACUGCCACCCUCCUCCGCCACCGCAGGCUUUGCAGAAGAAAGGACAGAGCACAGAGGCCGCCAGCUCCGGGGCACGGACCAACGUGGCUUCGCUGCCUGUGAAGUGGCCCAUGCCUGCAGCAGGCUCCAUUCUGUCAGCUCUC